CUACUCUCCAGGUUGCAUAACCGGGUGGCGGCGGCUCUCGAACGUUGUCGGUGGGGCUUAGUCUGGUAGUUGCGGUUGGAGCUGGCGCGCGUGCGCGCUGGGUGGUCCCGAGCGGCUCGCUCGCGCUCUGUCCGAGUUGAGAAGCGGCCGCAAGCGGAUCGGGCUUGUGCUCCUGCCCCCCCCCCCCCGCGAGGGGAGGCCGCGGCGCUAACAGCAGUUCGGGUGCCCAGCUCUCGGUGUGGGGGAGGCGGCUCGGUGGCUGCUGUGCCGGUCCGGCGACCUCUCUGCCCCCCACUAUGGCGGUGACCCAUGGAACAGGGCUGUCCCCCCAGGCGCCGCCACAGGCCCAGGGUCCGUGUGCGGGAGACCCGGCCAACUGGAGCCGGAGCCCCCAGGUGGUGUCCCACGGGAGCCAGGAGCAGCAGGGGAGUCCCGCGGCCCCCAACGGAACCGAGACUGGAUGUUCUAGAACAUCAGUCAAAACAGAUACAAUCUCCAAAGGCACACUCACAGAAAAAUGGCAGGCAAACAAAAAGACAGAGGAUAUGACAAAUUACAUGGAUGAUUUAACUCUAAGCUCACCAAAAGAGAGAGAUUCUCGCUCCAAGUCCAAAACUAGUCAGGGCAGAUCAUCUUGUAGUUCACAAUCUAGUUCACGCAGUUCAAGUACUUCAGCUUCCUCAAGGAGUUGGAGCAGGUCUCGAAGCAGAUCAAGAUCACGAGCUAGAAGAAAUGUUUCCAGAAGGUGUAGAAGAUACUCAAGAUCGUAUUCCAGAAGUCGGUCAAGAUCACGCAGCCUUCAAUACAGAGGAAGGUACCAUCCUAGAACCUACAGGAGAUACUACCGUUCUCCUCCAAGGUAUAGAUCACGCAGCAGGUCCCGGUCUCAUGGAAGACCAUAUUAUAGAAGAGCUUUUUCAAGAAGCAGAUCACGAUCAAGAGGACGAAGAUACUAUGGAUUUGGGAGAACCAUAUAUCCUGAGGCUUACAGAAGUUGGAGAAGCAGAUCACGAACAAGAUCUCGAAGCGGAACACCUCUGCGCUUAAGUGAAAAAGAGAAGAGGGAACUCUUAGAAAUCGCAAAGGCUAAUGCUGCAAAAGCCCUGGGAACAGAUAACAUAGUCUUGCCAGCUAGCUUGAGAGUUUGCAGCCUAUCCAAAGAGACAAAUGGUGGAAAAUGCAGAAGUGAAGAUUCUGCUGAGUCCACUGAGCAAUCCAGAAGACUAACAGAAGACUUAACCAAAAGUGGAACUGAGAGAUCUCCUGCAGUGAAAGGCUUAUCUUUCAGCCCUAAUGACACAAUGGCAAAGCCAGUACUCCAGAAACCAGCAAGCUCUGUUAAAGAGACAGCAGUAUCCUUGGGAAAAGAAGAUACAAAGAGAAAUCCUUUUGGGCAAUGGGCUCCUAUGAAGGAGGAAAACAGCUUAUUUUUUAACUUUUCUCCUAAAAGUACAUCCUUCUGAGCAUGCUAGCACCUUUCACUUACUGUUCUGUGAACUAUUGGCAUUAUGCAUUACUUACUUAUCAGGUUGAGUAUUUUUGUAAAUAAGUAUUUAAAGAUGUUAAUUCUGACCUGUUAGAUUUCUUUUCCAGAUAUGAAAACACAGCACAAUGGCCCAGAAACUACAAGUGGGAAUCUUAGGUAUAUAUUUGUAAAUACUUUUGUGUGUCACUAUAAUGGAGUAGAAAUUACAGGUGGGUAACUUUUUCUCAGUGUUACUUUAACAGCCCCUGGUCUGAACAUUUGUAAUGCAUUGAUUUGUUUAAAACCUGUUUUGUACUUGUUUCAAAUGGUUGAACUAUGGUAGCAAGUUCUUUAAGGCCCUAUGUAAUAAUUCAGUUGAACUGUGAAGUUGUCCUCUUGGCUUCUAGUCUGAGCCUGUAGGUGUAAAUUGGCACAUUUAGCUGUAAGUGAAUGGUGAAGUACUAAAGAGCAAAUAUGAAACAAUCAGAUGCUAACAAUAGACUUCAGAUGUUGGAGCAACUUGAUUUCAAGUUGAAAAUGUUAAAUGCCUUUCCUAAUCUGAGAGAUUCUCUGAAAUAGGCUUUCUUAAACCUAUGUGCAGAUGUUUGCAUUAGGAUUGUAUGAUUGCCAUGCAGGAAUCCUUGCUCAAUUAUGGCUCAGUCAUGCAUGCUAAUCUUAAGGAAACAGAGUUCUACUAUAUGUUGCUUUCUAUUUGGUCUUCUUAAAUUCUGACACUUAAAUUCAGCGCAGUUCUUCUUGUUGGUGAUGUAUUUAAAACAAGCCUUGAACUAAAUCACCACCACUAAAAUCUAAAAUGGUAAUCAUAAAACUUGCUCAGAUCCCCUGGACUUCAAAGCAGUGAGGAUAGUUGAGAGGAAGUUUACAUUAUCCUAAUUUGUUUCCAGUCCUGGUCCUAUACCAGUGAUCUACACAUGCCAGCUUGACACUUGAAGCAUUGAUGUAUAAAGCGUACAGUAACUUCACCUUAUGCCCUCAGCAGUUCUCAGUUUCCACUGCUUGAAGAUAAGUGCGUGAUUAAGUAAUGUUUCCUAGAGCUUAUGGGUAUUUCAUAACAUUUACUGGGAUUGUUUUGGUGGGGGAGACUUACUAAACUGGAAUUCAUGUAAAUGGUUUGCACAAUAAAACUUGUACUGAAUAA